UCAACCGGUGGUCGCGUCCACAGACGGAUAAAUGACGGGGUGGUGGUGUCCAUCCUCGUGGACUUUGUUGUCUCCUUGUAGCGCGUGACGCCACCGCCCACCUCUUCCUUGUGAAACUCUCUCUUUCAAUCGAUCGAACGGGGAAGCGUGACUGCAAGAAAUUAUGGAUUCCAGUAGAGGUCAAGGAGGAAUUCAGCUUUUACUUGCUGCAGAGCAGGAAGCUCAGCACAUCGUUAAUGCUGCUAGGGCUGCAAAAAUGACUAGGCUUAAACAAGCAAAAGAUGAAGCUGAUAAAGAAAUUGCACAAUAUCGGGCUCACAUGGAGGCUGAAUUUCAGAAGAAAAUUGCAGAGAGCAGCGGUGACUCUGGAGCUAACGUUAAACGCCUCGAGCAAGAAACUGAAUCAAAGAUCCAUAAUCUGAAAGAAGAGGCUUCGAGGAUAUCACAUGAUGUGGUUCACAUGCUUCUCAGGCAUGUCACGAGCGUGAAGAACUAAGUAUGAGCUUUUGAAUCAUUCACUGACACGACAUCAAGCUUGGAAUCUCCCAUGCUGGAUGGACCUGUCUCGGAAGUCAAUUUCUUGGCAUGUAUUGGUGGUAUCUCUCGGAUGAAGUUUUUUAGUUUGCUUUGUGCUUUUCUUAACGAAUGGUCUGCUAGAUUUCAGAAUUCUGCAUAUAAAUGUAAACGCGGUAUCCCCUACUUUCAAUAAUUUGGCUGUUCAGAGAAAAUAUAGUGCGGAUGAUAAGCCUUGUGUGUUGUGAUUGAUGAGUUUACGUCAGACCUUUUUGAAUAAAUUUAUAGGUUCCUGCUGCCAUUUCGGUAUCA